AAGUAUAAGUUAUAAUUAAAGCCUCGUUUAAUCUCUAGGUUGUCAGAGAGUUAUUAAGGGAUGACUCAGGAACAAAAAUUGAAGAACAAGAGAAUGGAGACGGUGACGUUCGUAUGGUGGAUAUCGAGGAAUUUGCCCCAAUCGAUAAAGAUCUAGAAACAUGCGAGAAGUCAACUCAAACAACAGAACUCCAGUGUCCUGGCUGCAAGAGUCUGAGCGACAAAGUCAAGGUACUCGAACGCCAGCUUCGGCACAGACUGGUAGAUGAACUAAAGUAUAAAAGCCUAUUGAAGAAAUACGAGGAAGAAGUUUCAAAAGUUUCAAAAAAGCAGCAAGAAGGACCGCAAGUUGAGGAGGAAGAACCACCACACCCAAAGCUUUCACCAACUGAGCAUGAGGUGUUCCCUGAUGACACUGAAACAGACUCUGAGGAUGAAGGUGAAGAAGAAGACGAUUUAUGGGAAGAAGAACCACCACUUUCAAAACUGAUAUCUCCAGAGGAAAAUGACACUGACACAGAGAUUGAAGAUGAGGGUGAAGAUGAGCAGCCUAAGAAGAAGUAUAUCUCCAUUGGUGAAACCGAMAAUAUCAGAAACCAGCCAAAGUUUAUUGUCUUCCUAUCAGAGUUGCUAAAGCUGUUUAAAAGCUGUCCCUCGUGCAAAUGUGAUGAUCCUUCAGUAGAGGCCUCGGUAACCGGUACAAUGCUGGAGAUUUCAACACAUUGCUUCUACCCUAAGUGCCAAUCACCMAAAUAUACAUGGCGGAGUCAACCUAACAUUGCAGGUACUAAAAUGUCAGCAGGAAAUUUCCUCCUUUCCUUUUCUAUUCUUACCUCUGGUGCUUYACCUUCAAAAGUGCUACAAGUUCUUAAGACCAUGGGAGUUCAAUGCAUGAGUAUACAAACUUAUUUUCAACAUCAAGCUGUAAGUAAAGUAAGAUCUACUGAAGUGACAUUGACUUCCACAAAAAAUGUGCUUGGUGUUAURUUAAAGUGCACAUCAUGUCUCAAAAUUGAACAUUUUGACCUUAUUCUAUAA